GCGAGAACCUGCACAUCACAACGACCCGCCUGUCGACGACGACGCAGAGACAUCGCCAAAAUGACCAAGGGUACCUCCAGCUUCGGCAAGCGCCACACCAAGACCCACGGUCUCUGCAGACGCUGCGGCCGUCGGUCCCUCCACAACCAGAAGAAGGUCUGCGCGUCGUGCGGCUACCCCUCUGCUAAGAUCCGCAAGUACAACUGGUCCGAGAAGGCGAAGCGCAGAAAGGUCACCGGUACCGGCCGGAUGCGGUACCUUAGCACAGUUUCGAGGCGGUUCAAGAACGGUUUCCGGACCGGCACCCCCAAGGGCGCUCGCGACCCCGCGGUUUCCACUUCUUCAUAAUGGGUUGUUAUGACGGCAGGGGCGUGGACGACGGGAUGGAUCGUUUUCGGCGAGUGGUGUAACAUGGGCUGGACACUUUUCGGACGGACCUACUCGCUUUCCGCUGCUACAUCACAAAUGGGAUGAUUUCGCGCGCACGGGACUCGGUUCAAAGACGGUCAAUUGCAUCGAGCACAGGUCAUGAAACGGGCGUCACGUUUGGGACCAAUCACACAGAUUCAUUUUUUUUCCGGGCAAGUUCCGUGUGAAAGGGGCAGAGGCAUGGUCUCUGGAGAUGCAAGAAACGACUGGCGGCCCCGCCGGUGUAGGACAGCCUAGCGUGCAGCGACCUGGCAGUAAGGGGGAAAACGGAAGUGGCACUCCGAUUACCAGGGGUAUCAUCUUCAUUACUGGCCUCGUUCGAAUACUCUAACACCACCGUCGCCCCCC